UCUCGUGUCGCGUGUGUUUUCAUGCACGUGGGGUGCUUGGUACUUUCGCCACCUCGCUCCGUUGAACACUCUAUGUAUACAUGUAUCAACCCCAGAAUCAAUACCUACGCUGUUUUGUAUUUAUGUGCAUUGAGACCUUUUGGAUCUAUUCGAGGAUACAGUCAAUCAAACAAUAGCCAUUCCGUGGAUGAGCCGACAGCACGUGGUAAGUUACAUAAUCAAAAGACUUGGGACGAAUCGACCACUGGUACUAUCCAGCGUUUUGGAACCGUUUGGUGUGGGCAAAGAGCGAUGAGCUCCACAGGGAUUGUUGCAGGAGCCAUCUUGCCGGAUGAUGCAACAGCACCAACAUCAACUGACCCAACGGACGGAAAUCUAACCUACCGCAUGAUACAACCCCCAAAACCAGCACUAUGGUGGAAUCAUCACCUCUACCAGGGUCCAGAUGGGAAAUCAGUAGAGGUUCUUUACAGUAAAACAAAGCAACAAUCAGAAACCAUAGCGCAAUUGUUUCUGGAUGAACCUGUUGUUGGAUUCGACAUGGAAUGGCCCAUGUUCCCCAAAACCGAGCGGCUACAGGAAAAGAUCGGUCUCAUACAGGUUGCUUGCGAAGACAAAAUUGCACUUUUUCAUAUUGGACUCCAUACUGGCUCCUGCUCGGAUCAAUUGAUCGCACCCUCUCUCCGCAAACUGAUUGAGAGUCAGCACAUUGCAAAAACAGGCGUCAACAUUCGCGGUGCUGACUUUUCGAGACUAUCAAAGCACUUCGGCCUCAAACCUCGCGGAGCAUUCGAGCUCAGCCAUCUAUAUCGGCUAGUUAAUUUUUCAAACGACCCGAAACAUCUCACAACCAAACUUGUCGGCUUAGCUACACAAGUAGAAAAUCAGCUCAAGCUUCCCUUGUCAAAAGGCCCAGUUCGCACAAGUAACUGGAGCAGACCCCUCAGUCAACAGCAGAUUGACUAUGCUGCCGCUGAUGCUUAUGCUGGCUUUAUGCUUUUUCACACCAUGAACUGCCAGAGAAUGGCCCUAGAUCCGACACCUCCUCUACCUAUUUUUGCGGAGCAGUACUAUGAUGAGAGUCUUGGCAGAGCACCUAUUGGAACGCUUCGUUUGCACCCUAUUGCGGACGAUGGGGAAAUCAUCAUCGCCAAAGAAUUUUUCGCGUCGAAGGACGACAGCGCAGAGAAUCAAGCAGAUGACAAUGCUGCCGCGGAGGAAACCAUGGUGAAUGACUCCACAAACUCGAUCCGUGCUCGAAAAGAGAAACAGACGUCAAAAAAGAAGAGAUUAGCCGACCCCUUGGAUGCAUCAGCACAGCAACUGUUCGACAAGCUCAAAGAACGACGUCUGGCCCUUGCAAAAGACAACGACAUACCAGCUUUUGUGGUGGCCAAUAAUGAUACACUAGAGGAUUUGGCUCGUCAACGUCCUCAAGGGUAUGAUGAGUUGCUGGAGGUUAAAGGAAUCGGUCCAGUAAAACGGCGUAAAUACGGCGCAGAGUGGUUGGAAGUGAUUGCACAACACUCAAUAUCAGACAGCUUGCCAGUUCACACACCAAACCUUGUUCCGAAUUCCUUAGUCACCCCCCGGCCCACUGUUCAAUGGCAGCUUCCAGACUUAUCUGACUCAUCUGAUUCCGAGUGUGCUUAUGGAACUCCAAAAGCACUGCAACCUCAAUUGCACACCGGUCUAAGCUUCAGCUUUUCUGAUAUAGAAAUCAAUGAUGAGAAAGGCACAGAAGUCCGGACCCCUUCUCGGACUUUACAUGUACAGAGCACCUCUAGCCAACGAGAAAGGAAAAUCCGGAAGACUGAGGCAGGCAGUUCGCAAGCACCAGCAUCUGCUCGAUCCCACGACUCCAGUCCUCCGAGCUCUUCCAUAUACUUUACUCCGCCUUCUAGAGCAGGCUCAAAGCGGCCUGCGAGUUCGGAACUGCCAUCCACUAUCCAGAUGGUUCCUACGCCAAAUCUGGAAAACAAGAUCUUCCGAAAUAAGCUUCAGGCGUACAGCAGACAGAUAGAACGCAAGCUUACAAAACGGUCGCCGAAUGCUAGGCCUAUUGUUUCAGAUGGAACAUUGGAUAUGCUUGUUGCUAUGGCACCUACCACCGACGAAGAACUACUCCGAGUGCCGGGUAUCAACGAAUUCAGAGAGGCCUGUCUCUCUACCAACAACGAUCUACUACAGAAAGUCAUCAAGUUCAGACCGGCAAAGAGUUAA